GGCGGGAGGGGAGAGUGUGCCCGGGGAGGCAGGGGCCCCUCCGACCGCCGCUCCGCAGGGCAGAGCGUGGGUGAAGGCCCCGCACCCUGGAGACGCGGGAGGGGGAGGCCACAGGCAGGUGUGCCCAGGGGCCUGCAGCGAGGGUUUCACGACACGGUCCGGGAGGGAAAACGCAAUCUCCAGGGAGGGGGAAUGGGAGAGAGAUCAGACUUGUCAGGGUGGAGAAUGGGAGAAAGGACAAAAUGGACUCAGAUGUGUGGAGAAAAAGAAUCGCCCUCCUCUCAUCUUCUAACCCUAAAACUAUCACCCAAGAGGUUACCAAGGCGGCAAAGUUUACCCCUUCUGCUGGGCCUCUCCUGAGGACUCUCAGCAUCAGGCCUUCAGUCUGUAGGUUGUAGCAGAGAUUUUGCACAUUUGGUUCUUUCGUUCUCCCAAGAUCGACCUGAUAUGACAGUGUCCUUAACCCAUUUAGUCAGUGAGAAAAUAGAGCCGGGGCUGUUUGGUUACUUGCCUAAGGUUGUGUGGGGAUAAUGGAGAAGACAAGGCAAGAAUCCAAGUUUCUCAUGGCCUAAUUCUGAGUUUUUCAAAAGGAUAAAUAGCCUUUCUGAUAGGAAAAGCAAUUUUCUACUAAUAAAGCUACUUCUUUAAAAUCUUCUGGAAACCAUUUUCUCAGAUUUGUGACCUAGGGAGAAAAAUAAAACAAUGUCCUUUUUUUUAAUCAAGAGACACAGCUGAGUUGUUACUUGUUGGAAGAUCUCAGCAUGCGCAGAGGUAGAGCUAUAAAUUCUACCCUCUUGUUCUGACCAGACUAUUUGCUGGAUGCCCCAGGGACAGAGUCCAACCCUGGGUAGCAGUUUUCAUGCCUUUUCCACUGACUCUUGAUGGAUGUGCAGUAGUUGAGCAGUAACACCUUGAACCAACAAAUGAACACCCUGUAGCAUCCUGGCACUCUCACAGAGGAUUCCUUUGUAGCUUCUACUCCAAAUUGGAAGUGAGGCCUCCAAAUACAAGUUUUUUGGGUUUGUUUUUUUUUUGUUUUUUUCCAAAUACAAGUUUUAAAUGCCUCUCCAGUCAAAACAACACGUAGCCAAGUGUACAGCUGUCAAGUGUAGCAUUUGUUUACUUUAACAAAACAAAGCACUGUAGCAUCACACUGCUAUUGCAUUAAAUCAGGAGGCGAGCAUUUUGAUGAAAUAUAUUAGAUGGAAAUAAGGAUCAUACAUUGAACCACUGCAUAAAGUGUAAGAAUUCGGUAAUGAGGAUCCUAAAGGAAGAAGGAAAUACUCAAAAAAAAAGGGGGGGGGGGAGGGAUAGAAAAAGAUAAUAUGGAGCAAGAGGAUUCCUAGGAUCUUGAAGAUUAGUAAAAUCUGGUCAAGCACUGCUACAUUCGAUUCCAUUUUAUAAAAGUUCUCACCAGCUCUUUAGUGAUUAGAGAACUGUCUAGUGUAAGGGCAUAGACUUUGGACCUCAAAAGUCUUUAAUUUGAUCCUUUGCCUAUCAUUGACUCCUUAUCGGCUCUGAGAAUUGGAGCAGGUUACUUAUCCUAGUUGGAGUACCUUGGCUUGGUUUUGGGAGUCUGGGGUAGGUCUUCCUUUUCCAAGAAUUGACAAGUAUUUACACAUAGAAUUGGUAUUCUCAUACCUUGAAGAAUAGGAGAGAGCAGUCUGGAUCUGGAACCUCCUAAAUAUUGCUAAAAGGUAAACAUACGAGAUCUCUUGUUCUGUCCAGAUCUAGGGGAUCUGGAGGGGAGAGCUAGAGCCAUUUGCAUCCUAAAACCAAUCAUGAAGGCUGAAAUGUUGGGUUUUUUUAGAUUCUGAAUUCCUUUGGAGGCUUGAAGGAUAAAAGAGAAGGUGGUUAGAUGGGGAAAGGAAGUGGGAGAUCCCAAUCACAUGCCAAGGCUAAAGUACAAACAGGAGUGACCAUUAUCUUGGGAUUGGCAGGAAGAGAUUUAUGUUUAUGUGUUCUCUGCUUUCCCACCUCGUGUUUCCAGUUUGACUCAUUUAUGUGUGGUCAUGGCACCUUUUGGCCAACUUUGCAGUCACAUUAUAGGUGACUUAGAUUAUAUCAGUCCAGAUUUCCUCCAUUUACUCACCCCAAACUGGAGCUCAUGUUGACUUUAUCCUUCUCACUUAUCAAUUCUCCUGCCCUUUCCUGUUUGUUUUUGUUGUUGUUUUUUGUUUGUUUGCUUUUUCCUCCUCAGGUGUUCAAGAACAGCCCAUGGAAGAAUCAUAUGAAGAGGUGGUGAUUAAGGUCAUACGGCAGGCGUGGACAUGUUUGGAUUUCCAACAGCUACCCUGCUGGACUGUCACGGAAGAUAUGCUCAGAAUGUAGCAUUUUUCAGUGAAUGUGAUGACAGAAGCCCACCACAAAUAUGACCACUCUGAGGCCACAGGAUCCUCAAGCUGGGAUUUCCAGAAUUCUUUCAGAAGGGAGAAGCUGGAACAAAAAUCCCCAGAUUCUAAGACACUACAGGAAGAUUCACCUGGAGUGAGACAGAGGGUCUAUGAGUGUCAGGAAUGUGGAAAAUCCUUCAGGCAAAAAGGUAGUCUAACCUUGCAUGAGAGAAUCCACACCGGUCAAAAGCCCUUUGAGUGUACCCAUUGUGGAAAAAGCUUCAGGGCCAAAGGCAAUCUUGUCACACAUCAGCGAAUACACACAGGAGAGAAGCCCUAUCAGUGCAAGGAGUGUGGGAAAAGCUUUAGUCAACGAGGUAGUCUGGCCGUUCACGAAAGACUCCACACUGGACAGAAACCGUAUGAGUGUGCUAUUUGUCAGAGAAGCUUCAGGAAUCAAAGUAACCUUGCUGUUCAUAGAAGAGUUCACAGUGGUGAAAAGCCCUAUAGAUGUGAUCAGUGUGGAAAAGCCUUCAGUCAGAAAGGAAGCUUAAUUGUUCACAUCAGAGUCCACACAGGCCUGAAACCCUAUGCCUGCACACAGUGCAGGAAGAGUUUCCACACCAGGGGGAAUUGUAUCCUGCACGGCAAAAUCCACACAGGAGAGACGCCCUAUCUGUGUGGCCAGUGUGGGAAAAGCUUUACUCAGAGGGGGAGUCUGGCCGUGCACCAGCGAAGUUGCUCACAAAGACUCACCCUUUGACCACUCUCUUCAAAUGAAGUUCUCUUUAUGAAUUAAAAGUACAAAAUCCUCAGAUCGAGCAACCUAUCCAAUUCUAUGGAAUGAAUGCAGACUCUUUCAGAAAGACCAUCAUUGGGUAGGGCAUACUGACUUUUCUCCUUUCCCCCAAAUGAAUAUGAAAAAUAAAUGUCUUGUUUAUUAUCAUUAUCA